GGCUCGAAGGAUACGCACGGCUCUCGCGGAUGCAGAAAGUGGAAAUGCAACUCGAAGAGAACGAAGCGGAAAAAGACGGAGACUGAGUGCGAAGUGAAUGAGCGAAGUGCGAGUACGAAUGGUUCCGUGAGUGUGGUGAAUUUUUUCAGAAGAGAGCCUCCGGAAGAGAGCCGGGCCGUCCCUAGACUAAGAGAGUGCCGUGCCACACGGUGGCAUCCAUUCAAACGUCCAAGCAUCGCAGUCAAGUUGAGUCCUUGCUGGCAGUCGGUUGUCUGGACGGGAGAGCUCUAUGUUAUACGUGUGUGUUUUGCUCCGAAUAGAGUGUGUGCCGGCAGUGAAGUGAGUGAAGGUCCCGGCCAUGCAAUCCUCCAAAACAUAACAAAACACCAAAUCAUCAUCACCCGACAUAUUCAAAAAAAAGAUUGAAAAGUUGUGCCAAAGAAGACCAAGGAGUCAAGUGUCUGAAAUGUAAACCAGCUGCAAAGUAAAGCUCUAAACCAAAUUACAAAAUUCAUUGCCUCGCGAGGGGAAAUCGUCAGAAACCUGCACCAGAGAGAGAGAGACAGAGAGAUAAAGAAUCAAAACCAAACAUAGAAACCAAAAUCAAAACAGAAUCCGGAAAUAAUGUGGAUUAGUAGCCGCCUGUUCGUGAUUUGUUUGCUGCUCCAUCAUGAUGCCACCUACAGUGAACCGUUUGAGACACAUCUUCGUGGUCCUGGAUUCGUAAUGGAGCCGCCGGGUCGAGUGGAGUUCUCGAACUCCUCGGGCGGUUGGCUCGACUGCUCCGCCUCGGGCAGUCCGCAACCCACCAUCGAUUGGGUGCACGCGGACGGCACCGCCGUUACCGAGAUCCACGGCGUGCGACGUGUCCUACGAAACGGAACCCUGGUCCUGAUGCCCUUUGCGGCGGCUGCGUAUCAUCAGGACAUACACAAUACGAUCUACCGCUGCAUCGCCAGCAACUCCGUGGGGCGCAUUGUGUCCCGGGACGUGCAAGUGAGGGCUGUCGUGGCACAGGCCUAUAAAGUGGAUGUGGAGGUCCUAUCUGCGUCGCGGGGUUGCACCGCCAUUUUGCGUUGUGUGGUGCCCACGUUUGUCAAGGAAUUGGUACGAGUGGUCUCGUGGGUUCAUGAACCAGCUAUCUACAUCUAUCCCUCGUUGCAAGGCGAUGGAAAAUUCCAUUUGCUGCCCACUGGCGAGCUGCUCAUUCACAAUCUACAGGAGACCGAUGAAUCGCAGUCCUUCCGCUGUCGGAGCAUGCAUCGCCUGACCCGCCAGGUUGUCGUCAGCUCGCCCACACGAUUGCGUAUUAAUUCGCAUCGCGGCAUUAUUUCGCCGAGUGUGGUGGAGCACACGGCUCAUGUGCAGGUGUCGCAGGACGAGGGCGCAGUGCUGUUGUGCGUCGCUCAGGGAUGUCCUUCUCCCGAAUACAGCUGGUACACCCACAAUGGAGCCGGACCACUACCCGUCCUGAGUGGGCCCCGGGUGCGUCUGCUCGGCCCCAUCCUGGCCAUUGAGGCCGUCACGGGAGAGGACUCCGGCGUGUACAAGUGCACGGCCAGCAAUGUGGGCGGUGAGGCCAGUGCGGAGCUUCGCCUCACCGUGGCCACGCCCAUCCAAGUGGAGAUCUCGCCGAAUGUGCUCAGCGUGCACAUGGGGGGCACAGCCGAGUUCCGAUGCCUGGUGACCAGCAACGGCAGCCCCGUGGGCAUGCAGAAUAUCCUAUGGUACAAGGACGGGCGCCAGCUGCCUUCAUCGGGCCGCGUCGAGGACACGCUGAUGGUGUCACGCGUGAGCCGCGAAAAUCGGGGCAUGUACCAGUGUGUGGUGCGACGACCCGAGGGCGAUACAUUCCAGGCCACCGCCGAGUUGCAGCUGGGGGAUGCCCCGCCCGUGCUCCUAUACAGCUUCAUCGAGCAGACCUUGCAGCCGGGACCAGCUGUGAGCCUCAAGUGCUCCGCUGCCGGCAAUCCCACUCCGCAAAUUUCAUGGACACUGGACGGAUUUCCGCUGCCAUCAAACGGAAGAUUUAUGAUCGGACAAUACAUCACAGUGCAUGGCGAUGUAAUUAGUCAUGUUAACAUAAGCCACGUCAUGGUCGAGGAUGGUGGCGAGUACGCGUGCAUCGCCGAGAACCGUGCGGGCCGAGUGCAGCAUGCGGCCCGACUGAAUAUAUAUGGCCUUCCGUACAUUCGCCUGAUUCCAAAGGUGACCGCCGUCUCGGGCGAAACAUUGAAUCUGAAGUGCCCCGUGGCUGGGUACCCCAUCGAGGAGAUCCACUGGGAGCGCGGCGGCCGGGAGCUGCCCGACGACAUACGGCAGCGUGUGCAGCCGGACGGCUCACUGACUAUCAGCCCCGUGCAGAAGAACUCCGACUCUGGAGUGUACACGUGCUGGGCCCGGAACAAGCAGGGCCACAGCGCCCGGCGCAGCGGCGAGGUGACGGUCAUAGUGCCGCCGAAGCUUAGUCCUUUCCAAACGAACAUCCUGCAGCUGAAUAUGGGGGAUCGAGCCUCGCUCACGUGCUCCGUGGUCAAGGGCGACCUGCCGCUGACCAUCAACUGGCGCAAGGACGGGCGCCCCAUCGAUCAAACGCAGCACAUGUCCGUGAAGCAGGUGGACCAGUACAACAGCAUCCUGGUUAUCGAGAACCUGGGCAGCGACCACACCGGCAACUACUCCUGUGUGGUGCGGAAUUCGGCGGCCGAGGUGGAGAACUCUCAGGCCCUCCUGGUCAAUGUGCCGCCGCGCUGGAUUAUCGAGCCAGCGGAUGCGAAUGUUGAGCGUAAUCGUCACAUUAUGCUGCACUGCCAGGCCCAGGGAGUUCCCACUCCCAGCAUUGUCUGGAAAAAGGCCACAGGCAGCAAAUCCGGGGAGUACGAGGAGGUUCGGGAGCGUCCCUUUACUAAGCUCUUAGCCAACGGCUCGCUCCUGCUGCAGCACGUGAAGGAGGAUCGGGAGGGAUUCUAUCUGUGCCAAGCAAACAAUGGCAUCGGCACUGGCAUCGGAAAGGUGAUCCAACUAAAAGUGAACUCGUCUCCGUACUUCUCCUCCACGUCCCGCUCUGUCACUGUGAAGAAGGGCGACACGGCACUGCUGCAGUGCGCCGUGAGCGGCGACAAGCCGAUUAACAUUGUGUGGAUGCGCUCUGGGAAGAACACGCUCAACCCGUCGACCAACUACAAGAUAUCCGUCAAGCAGGAAGCCACUCCGGACGGAGUCUCGGCUGAGCUCCAAAUACGCACAGUGGAUGCCACGGACAGCGGGCCAUAUUUCUGCAGAGCCAGCAAUCUGUACGGUAACGAUCAGCAGCUGGUGCAGCUGCAGGUCCAGGAGCCACCGCAGCCACCUAGUGUGUUGGAGGCGGCCAUGAUUAGCAGUCGAUCGGUGAACCUCAAGUGGCAGCCUAAGUCUCUGGGCACGGGAGAUGUAUCCAAGUACCUGGUGGAGUACCGCGAGGCCGAUCCAGCAUUGUUCGUGGAACAGUGGCAACAGCUGGAGGUGAAGGAUCCGCCCUCGUUUAACGCUUUGAUAGAGAACCUAAAGCCGGCCACGAAGUACGCCUUCAGGGUCAUAGCCGAGGGCAAUGCGGGACGUAGUGCACCCAGCCAGGAGCUGAUUGUGCGCACAGAGCCCCAGCGGCCAGCGGGCCCGCCCCUUAAUCUCUCCGCCAGACCUCUGUCCUCCACCGAGCUGCUGAUCAGCUGGGUGGCACCGCUGCCAGAGCUCCGACACGGCGACAUCCAGGGCUACAAUGUGGGCUACAAGCUGGCCAGCUCCGGUAACACGGCCUACAACUUCACCUCCGUUUCGGGCGACGGCGAUGGGAGCAGCGGGGAGCUCCUAUUGAGCGGACUGGCGAAGUUCGCCCGUUAUAAUGUUGUGGUGCAGGCCUUCAAUCAGGUUGGUCCUGGACCCCUCUCCGAACCAAGCGCAGCCCAGACCAUGGAAGAUGUGCCCAGUCGUCCGCCGGAGGAUGUGCGCUGUGCCGCCCUGUCCUCACAGUCGCUGCAAGUCUCCUGGCAGCCUCCUCCGAUAUAUCACACGAACGGACUGCUGCAGGGCUACAAGCUGGUCUUCGAGCCCAUCAUGGACGACAUUCUGCCCAGCAAGGACGAGGUGGAGUCCCGCAAGACAACGGCCCUGACAAUGGUGCUGACUGGUCUACGAAAAUACACUAACUACAGCAUACAGGUGCUGGCCCACACACGCAUGGGAGACGGGUCCGUGUCCAAGGCCCUCUUCUGUCACAGCGAGGAGGAUGUGCCCGAGGCCCCGGCAGACAUCAAGGUGGUGGUGAGCUCCACGCAGUCGCUCUACAUCUCCUGGCUGCCACCCACCGAGCCCAAUGGAGUCAUCACCAAGUACAGUCUGUACACGCGCGUGGUCAAUGGCCGGGAGGAGCUGAACAACGAGAAGCGGAGCCUGCCAUCGCAGCAGCACUUCUACGAGUCGAAGGGCCUGCACCCCCACAUGGAGUACCAGUUCUGGGUGACUGCCAGCACCCGCGUGGGUGAGGGAAAGAGCUCAAGGGUGGUUUCUCAGAUAACCACCAAUCGGGUGCCGGCAAGAAUCAUCUCCUUCGGAGGGCCAGCGGUGCGGCCCUGGCGAGCCACCGUAACGCUGCCCUGCACGGCGGUGGGCAAGCCCAAACGUGAGUGGUUCAAGUCAGAUGUGGCCCUCCGGCAAGGCGGCCUCCACAACUCCCAGCUGCUUGACUCGGGCGACUUGAUCAUCAACAACCUCCAGUUGGCCGACAGUGGCAACUACAGCUGUCAGGUGGACAAUGGCAUUGGCACGGACCGCCUCACCCACACGCUGCUGGUGCAGGUUCCACCUUCCGCUCCGGUCCUCUACGUGACCAGCGCCACAUCCAGCAGCAUCCUAAUGCACUGGAAGUGCGGCUUCACCGGCAACGCCCCCAUCACUGGCUACACCCUGUUCUACCGCCGCGGCUCUGGCAACACGGACGAGAUGCAGCUCUCGCGGCACGCCUCUAGCCACGAGCUCAAAGGAUUGGUCUGCGGCAGCACCUACCAGAUUCACCUGAGUGCCCAGAACAAGGUGGGAACCUCUCCCACCAGCAUCAUGCUGCACGUGCGCACCCAGGGACAGGCGCCGGGCAUGCCCGCCUCCACGAGUCUGCUGGCCCCCAACUCCACGUCGGUGCUAAUCCGUCUCCACACGUGGCCGGACAAUGGCUGCCCCCUGAUGUACUUUGUGCUGCAGUACCGCGCCGUGACUGACGAUCCCGAAACGGAGUGGGUACUAGUGUCCAAUGCUUUGAAGCCGCAGCGACGUGUGACAGUGUCCAAUCUGCAGCCCUCGACUCUCUAUCAGAUGCGAAUGGAGGCGCACAACGUAGCAGGAGCCUCGCAGGCAGAGUUCUCGUUCGUGACGCUGACCAAGGACGGCGACCCACCGCCGCCGGAGAUCGUGCAGAGGGGCCAGCGCGGUCCGACCGUCUUCUAUGGAAACAUCAACCUGCUAAUACCCAGCAUAGCGGCGCUCUCGGGCAUGAUCUGCACCAUCGCCAUGGUCAUCAUUUGCUACCGACACAUUCUGCCCCCUGCUCCGUCGCCCGCAGAGCAAAGCAAUCACAUACAAAAGGAGUCGCUGGAGAAUCGUGCCAAUUCCGAGGCGGCGCAGCGUGAACGCUACUACGCCACAAUCCACAAGGUUUCCAUGCAGAAUAAUGACAAGAUUCCAGAAACCUCAGAGGACAUCUCGCCGUAUGCCACCUUCCAGUUGUCGGAGGCGGGCAACAUGUCCCAGCCGCACCACAGCGGACCGGCUAACACGCUGCUGCACUCGUUCAUGUACCACGAGAGGGCUCUGGCCGAGGGCUGUUCAUCGCCACCACCAGCUGCGGUACUAAAACCAACCACCCAUCACCACCACCACCACAACCAACGUCCUCCAAAGACAAUUCAUAAUUAUUAUCAGACCUCACCGUUUCAUAAUAUCUCCAAGAACCGUAGACGUCAUUCGCGCAAGACCGAGCCGGAGAGCGAGGAAUCGGAGUCGGACCAGGACCAGCUGACCUCCAGUCGCACCGAGUCCUCCAACCAGCACGAGGGCAAGAUCAAGCACAGCAUCAUCUACCAUGGAGCACAAUCAAGCACAUCCUCCGACCUGUCGCCAAUGUCCGAGCAAAAGUCACUGCCACGUCGCGGUCGCUCCAGGGCUGGCAUCCUGCGAACGCUGCAUCCGCUCCAGCUGCAGGCGGAGUGCACCCCUGGUGCCUUCCAUCACGCCGAGGAGGGCCUGGGCGAGCGAAUCGAGCUGGCAGAAGUGGAGUGCGAUGUGGACACGAUCAAGAAACUAAAGCUCGGCCAGCGAUCCUCGCUCUGGUCGCGCCCCUCCUCCACCACAUCCCAGUUGCAGCAGGAUCACCAACAGCAGCAGCAGCAGCAACAGCACCAGCAUCAGCAACAGCAGCAGCAGCGCCAGCAACAGCAGCCACCACACAAGAGGGCGCAUUCCAAGUCGCCGCAACCACAGCAACAGCAGCCAUUGCAGCAACCACGCCCACAACAGCAUUCACCCGCUCCAGGCCAGAAAUUGCUUAGCGAAAAAUCGGAUUACUCGAUAUCCGUCUGAGACAUUGGCAAGAUCUGAUCGCAGGAUCAGCAUAUAUAGGAUGAGGCCCUGCCCCGAGGCAAUAGGAAACAAAAUAUAAGCAAAGUAGGGAAGUGAGUCAUUCCGCAGCCGGGCCGUUUUUUGUACAUUUUAUAAUACAUUUGUUACCUUGCCCACUAACCCUGAACUCCCUGAAGCCUGAACACCCCGAACCCUGAGUCACCCCCACCCUGUUGACCCCGUAACCAGUUUGCCAAUCCAAGACCCCACGAAACCUCCCCAGUCACACAAUGACACAGUGAAAACUUUCGGACAAUCAAUAUCAAAAUUCUGCACACCCAUCCAAAACGAGAAUACUCAGAAACACAUCCCAUUGCAAUCUCUCUCCUCCCCCUUUAAAUAGAGGUCAUACUCGUACUCGUAAUCGUAAUACCACAAAUACUCUAUGUAAGUAUUAACGUUUGUGCAUGCCCGUACGUACAUUUGUACAUACAUACAUACAUACGUACAUAUAUGUUUAUGUAUAUGGUGGCAUGUGUCCAGAACCCAGGUCAGUUGUAGAACUUCCACAACUGUUGUAUGUAUGUGCAUUGUACAUACAUAUACUAACAUAGUUUUUUAAGUACAUAUACAUACAUACAUAUACCUAUCUAUUAAUAACUAAUGCGUGUAUCACUCGAAACUGUAACUCAAACUACUAACUGCAAGAAACUAAACUAUCGAAUACUAGCUUGGUACUUAUGGCGGAGUAUCAAAUUGUACUCGUACCGGAACUGUCUUUCAUCGUGUGUAGACUCGUGUUGCAGAGAGCGAAUAUCCCCCACUCACUCACUAAUACGAGUAGUACCAAAAACUUUGGCUAUGGCUGCUACUCCUAAGUAGGUUUUGUAGGUUUGAGUUUGUAGAGCUACGAGUAAAACGAUAAAAAAAAACGAGGAAUCUAGGACAUAACUCAGAUUUAUGCUAUGUACAAAUUUAUAUGUCUUGUAUAUUUACGAUUAUAAAUGUAUGUGGUGUGGGUGUCAAAAUAAUGCUCAUUUAUGUAUAUAGAUAUACAAAACAAAGGAUCGAUCUAUUUAGUUGUUAGCGAAUCUACAUAUUGAUAUAUUUUGUAUAUAACAAAAAGGCAACCACGUUAAUGGACUGACAAUGAUGCAUGCAUUACUCCAAAGAAACCAACAGAAAAUCACAAUGAAAAUGUUAACUAAAUGUAGUAGCUCGAAGAAUACAUAUUAACAUACAUAUGUACAUAUGUAUGUCGAUUGUGUCGCCAGCUGAAGCAGUAUUCAUAUAUAAUAUGACAAAAUAUCGCAGUAUCCACUCAUUAGUGUUUCCAUUACAAUAAACUGUCGUUCGUCGAGUUGUA